AUGGCAGACAAAGGCGAGCCUGUCAAGCCUACUCGCAUUCCACACUGGCGCCUUAUCAUCGACCAAGCGAUACUUACUCAGGAAGUUAUUGAUCACCCUUACGCUGGCUCCGGUACUGAAGAUGAGCCUUUUCUCGUCACAUGGCUCCCCAAUGAUCCACGAAAUCCUAUGAAUUUCCCAGAUAGCCGAAAAUGGUUCUACACAGUAACAGUCGCCCUCGCGACCUUAGCGGUGUCGCUAGUAUCUUCUGCAUACACCGGCGGCGUGGAUCAAAUUAUGGAACAAUUCCACUGCGGUUCAGAAGUAGCCACGCUGGGAGUAUCCUUGUUCGUGGUAGGAUUCGCCAUCGGCCCGUUACUCUGGGCGCCCAUGAGUGAGCUAUAUGGACGACAGUAUCUCUUUAUCGGCAGUUACUGUGGGUUGACAGUGUUCAACGCCGCUUGUGCAGGGUCAAAAAAUAUCUGGUCACUUAUCAUCUUCCGCUUCUUCGCAGGUUCUUUUGGAUCGUCGCCGCUGACUAACGCCGGCGGAGUUAUUGCAGAUAUGUUCCCAGCCAGCCAGCGGGGUAUAGCAAUGAGCGUGUUUGCAGCUGCCCCAUUCCUAGGUCCAGUGCUUGGUCCAAUUAUUGGAGGGUUCUUAGGCAUGAAGGCAGGUUGGAAGUGGGUGAUGGGGUUCCUGGCCAUCUUCUCGGGUGUUCUCUGGAUUGCUGGGUCAGUCUGUGUUCCGGAGACUUACGCCCCUGUCCUUCUGCAGCGGCGGGCAGCAAAACUCUCUAAAGUUACCGGAAAGGUCUACCAAAGUAAGAUCGAGGCAGACCAAGGAAAGAAAACACCCAAGGAAGCUUUUCAGAUCGCCCUAUCUCGACCGUGGAUCCUACUAUUCCGUGAGCCGAUUGUGCUCCUGUUGUCGAUCUAUAUGGCUAUUAUUUAUGGUACCCUCUAUAUGAUGUUUGCCGCCUUUCCCAUUGUCUACCAAGGCCAGCGAGGAUGGAACCAGGGCGUUUCUGGUCUGGCCUUCCUGGGAAUUAUGGUUGGCAUGAUUGUUGCGGUAGCCUACACACUCUGGGAUAAUAAACGUUAUGUGAACACUCAGGCACGACACAAUGGAUUCGCACCCCCCGAGGCUCGCCUGCCCCCUUGCCUGAUUGCCUCGGUUGUGAUACCAAUUGGUCUUUUCUGGUUUGCCUGGACGAAUUACCCAUCCAUUCAUUUCAUGGCCAGUAUCGCCGCUGGUGCACCAUUCGGAUUUGGUAUGGUGCUGGUCUUCCUCAGCUUGAUGAAUUACUUGAUUGAUGCCUAUACAAUCUUUGCUGCGUCCGUGCUGGCUGCCAAUUCUGUGCUUCGUUCAAUCUUCGGUGCUGUUUUCCCGCUCUUCACCUCAUACAUGUACAAUGAUCUAGGUGUGCACUGGGCGUCCAGUAUCCCCGCAUUCCUAGCCCUCGCGUGCGUCCCGUUUCCAUUUCUCUUUUAUAAAUACGGCCCAGCGAUUCGGACACGAUGCAAAUAUGCAGCGCAAUCGGACGCCUUUAUGAGGAAGUUGAUGGAACAAACUACCAAUGUUCCGGAAGAGACAGACGUUGAGAAGAAGUACGAGAACAGUGCCACGGAAGGGUCGAAAGAGGUGGAUGAUGCUCUGUCUGAGCCCACCCCAGCGAGCUCGCAACUGGAUGAUCUCCCGUCUGUCAAGUAUGACCGAAGAAAGUCUAUAGCAUCACAGGCGUCGCGCCGGUCUGAGGGAGUCAAUUCUCAGACGGUGUAUGAUGCUAAUCCGUAUGACAUUGAUCGGGUCAACACCCGCGAGUCAUUCAAUGAUGAUACAAAUCAACAUUCGACCCCCAAGAUACCCCGCGUCAGUCAUGGACAGCGUUUUGGCGAGGCUGCCCUCUUUGUGCCCUUGAGCCAGUCGUCACAGGCGGCCGCAGACGAUGAAGAAGAUGACGCGCAAGCUGCCGAUGUAAUUCCAGGAAGCCAGGCUGCCGAUGAUCCGGCGGCCGCUAACUCGAUGCUUUACGGGAAUUUAAAUACCAAAAUCGUGGGCGUUCGUUACUAUCGCGGGCAUGCCACUUAUGGUGAACAUGUGAUUUUGAGACGGCAACCAGAGAACCAGUAUGACUCGAAUGCUAUUCGCGUUGACAACGUUAUGGGGGCUCAGAUUGGGCAUAUCCCGAGGAAUAUGGCGGCUAAGUUGGCGAAAUAUAUGGAUACGAGGUCAUUGAUUAUUGAUGGCAUGCUGACUGGGCAUAUCGGGGCUUACGAUUGCCCGAUUGCUCUGAGUUUGUUCGGCACUAGUGACCCUGCUAGGAGACAGGAGUUGAAAAGUAAGAUGGAGCAGGACAGGCUGCCUUUAAGUCAAUUCAAGCAGAAAGAGCGCGAGGAGCGGCAGCAGCAGAAGGAGCGCGAAAAGGCUCGGAAAGAGGCCGAAAAAAGAGCUCGUGCGCUAGCCAAAGGCAAAGGACAGCAGUGGGAGGCGGCGAAUAACUCCAUGUUUUCCAACCUCUACGCUGGUGAUGGCAGUAUUGAGGGGGGAGAGAGUUUAGAGGAACUCAUUGGUCAGAGCAGCACUUUCAACCCUCGGGAUAUCGGUCAAGUGGCCGAGAACUUUGGUUUAAGUGAAGCAGACUUGGCAAAAAUGCCUAUGGCGGAUCGUCCUGCUGCCCUUUCGACGGAACUCCUCCCUUAUCAACGCCAAGGACUGGCUUGGAUGCUCGAGAAAGAAAAUCCCACACUCCCUGCUGCGGGGUCUGAGGAUGUGGUACAACUCUGGAAGAGAAAAGACAAUAGGUUCACCAACAUCGCAACAAACUUCUCCACCUCCAUUGCGCCACCUCUUGCAAGUGGCGGUAUCCUGGCUGAUGAUAUGGGGCUUGGAAAGACCAUCCAAAUCAUUUCACUAAUUCUGGCAAACUCGGCACCGAGGACCCCAGACUCCUCCAAAACUACUCUGAUAGUAGCUCCUGUAGGCGUUAUGAGCAACUGGAAAAACCAAAUACAAGAUCACACACACAGCGAGAGCGCACCACGGGUACUCGUCUAUCAUGGGACAGGAAAGAAAGAAGCCGCCAAUCUUGACCAAUACGACGUGGUAGUAACAAGCUAUGGUGCCCUUGCAAUGGAAUACAACCCGACUGCAAAAGUGCCUCCGAAAAAAGGAAUUUUUUCCGUCCACUGGCGCCGGAUAGUCCUUGAUGAGGGACAUACGAUCCGUAAUCCCCGGUCUAAAGGCGCGUUAGCAGCAUGUAAUCUACGUGCAGACUCUCGCUGGACCUUAACCGGCACGCCAAUUGUCAACUCCCUCAAGGAUCUUUAUUCUCAGAUUCGCUUCCUAAGGCUUUCCGGUGGUCUUGAGGAUAUGACAGUUUUCACUAGCGUGUUGAUCCGACCUCUUAUGUCUGAGGAUCCGAAUGCUCGUUUGCUUCUCCAGGCACUUAUGAGUACCAUUUGUUUACGUCGUAGAAAAGAUAUGGAGUUUGUGAACUUGCGUCUGCCGCCCCUUACCUCCCGCGUUCUCCGCAUUAAGUUCCACACUCACGAACAGGAGAAAUAUGAUAUGUUCCAGUCCGAAGCGAGAGGCAUGCUUCUAGAUUUCAAGUCUAAAGACAAGUCCAGUACCACCUACUCACACCUCCUCGAAGUGAUCCUCCGCCUCCGACAAGUCUGUAAUCACUGGGCGCUCUGCAAAGACCGUGUCGAAAAGCUUGCACAGCUAUUGGAGGAAAAUAAGGUUGUCCCGCUAACGCCGGAGAACAUCAAAGCCCUACAAGACAUGUUACGCAUCCAAAUUGAGAGUCAAGAGACAUGCCCCAUCUGCCUAGACACUCUAGACCAACCAGUCAUCACAGCUUGCGCCCACGCUUUCUGCAAAGGCUGCAUCGAACAAGUAAUCGAACGACAGCACAAAUGUCCUAUGUGUCGUGCUGAGAUCAACGACACAUCCACACUCGUCGCCCCUGCCGUCGAAAUGGGCGAAAGCACCGAAACUGUUGUCGCAGACCCCGACAACCCGAGCAGUAAGAUCGAGGCUCUAAUCAAAAUCCUCACAGCCCAAGGCCAAGCGUCCAACACAAAAACGGUCGUCUUCAGUCAAUGGACUUCAUUCCUGAACCUCAUCGAACCUCACCUCAACCGCUAUGGCAUCGGCUUCGCCCGCAUCGACGGCAAAAUGAGCUCGUUAGCCCGUGACAACUCAACCUACCGAUUCUCACACGAUCCCAACUGCAAAGUUCUUCUCGCAAGCUUGAGCGUCUGCAGUGUCGGCCUCAACCUAGUGGCAGCAAAUCAGGCCAUCCUCGCCGAUAGCUGGUGGGCCCCGGCAAUAGAAGACCAAGCCGUCGACCGAGUCUACCGCCUUGGCCAAACACGCGAAACAACAGUCUGGCGCCUGGUGAUGGAAGAUAGUAUUGAAGAUCGCGUCCUGGCCAUCCAGGAAACCAAGCGCAAGUUGAUGUUAGCCGCUUUCCGCGAAACCGCCAAGAAAAAGAAGGUCGAUGAUAGAGCCACUCGGGUUGCGGACCUUGAGAAGCUGCUUACUUGA